AUGAGGGUUGUGUGGUGUUUGGUGGCCCUGGAGCAGCUGGUGGUGGUGGUCCACGGACAAGACGACCGCCUGCCGGGGGAGAGCCGACCCAGUUCCCAGACGGUCGACAUCACGGUCUACCAGGACAAUGAGGGUGAAGAAUCAUUUCCUCUGGUUUCUGGAUUUCAACAGCAGAGCCUCACCCUCCAGGGCCAGACGAGCGUGACAGUGGAGGUGGUGCGUGACACGGCGCAGCUGGUGCUGCACGCCGCAGUCAGCAUCUCCUCCCUCACAGUUCGGUUCCAAGGCGGCGGCGUCAUCGCCUCCAGCUACGAGCAGCCUCAAGACGGCCGGGACUUCUUGGUGGUGUCCCUACAAGAGCAGGUGGCAGAGGGCAGCCUUUUGGUGCUGGACAUCGUCUUCAGUGCCAACAUCGGCGACAGGGAGCCCGGCUUCUCUCGCUAUGACUAUCAGGGGCGGGACGGGCAAGCGGCCGUAUAUGCGACGCAGUUCAUGCCGAACUACACGCGACGAGCACUGCCGUGCUACGACGAACCAGCAUUGAAGGAGCGCUAUCAACUCAACAUGCGACUGCGGCCCAAGACGUACCAGGUUACGAGUCCAACGCUCGGGCCAGUUACGAUGAUGAGUAAGCAAAAAUUGGACGCUGAGGGUUUCCGUGGCUACUACUUCGAACAGACGCCCCCGAUCAGCGCCUACCAGCUGUCCUGGGUACUGCACGACAUGGUUGGUAGGGUGUCGUCUGGGGACGUCAGCUCUGUCGUCUGGCAAGUGACCUCCGGAAGCGACCAGAACGGUUUCGCGAGCUACAUGGGACCUCCUUCUGUGGAAGCUAUGGAGCAGCUGCUGGGCGUGCCCCUUACAUAUUAUGAAACCAACAAGAUGGAUCAUAUGGGUGUACCUGGAUAUAUAGAGGAAAGCAUGAGCGGCUUGGGUAUCAUCACAUACACGGAGAGCAGUGUGCUGGUGGACGACGACUACACAUCGGAGGCGACCAAGGAGCGAGUUCUGGGCGUCAUCCAACGCGAGGCGGCCCACCAGUGGUUCGGGGGCCUGGUCAGUUCCAGCUGGUGGAACGACCUCUGGCUGACCGAGAGCUUCGCCUCCUACUUCCAGUGGAUCGCCGCGGCUCUGGUGAGUUCCGAGUCCUCGCAGCACACGGUCUCCCACUGGCCACUGAGAGAGAGCCAGCGACAGUGUAACAUGCGGCCCGUGUUAACAGGUGCAGCCCUCGUGGCAGCUGCGAGAGGUGCAUCGAUUGUCUGGAUGAUAGAGAAUAUAAUGGGAUCAGAACCAUUCUACAGAGCCCUCAACAAGUGCCUCACACAGAACAUAUACAUGGACGUAUGGGAGGAUCUGCUCUUGGCUGCCCUGGACUCAGAGUCACCUGCAUCUUCCCUGCCAGAGGGCGGCUCCCUGUCCUCUGUGGUGCAGCCGUGGCUCAUCUCCGUCUCCAGGAACUACUCUGACGAAUCAGCUGUCAUAUCACAGGCACCGUACCUGUCACAAGUGGACGCCGUGUGGCCAGUGUCCAUCAGCUACAUAUCCCACUCUGAGGCGAACUACUCGGCGACCCCCCCACGGCUCUGGCUGCUGGACUCUGAGCUAGUGGUGCCGGCUGUAGCCCAGCCAGAUGACUGGCUACUUCUCAACAUGAAUGUGACUGGCUACUACCGGGUGAACUACGACGAGCAGAACUGGGCGCUGCUGACAGCGCAGCUGCUGCAGAACCCCUGUCUGGUGCCGGCGGUGGUGCGCGCGCAGCUGCUGGAUGACGCCGCCAGCCUGGCAGGGGCGGGCCAGCUGCUGCCCGCCGGCACGGCCCUGCAGCUCGCCUCCUACCUGCGUCUCGAGUACGGCUACAUCCCGUGGAGGGCCGUCCCUGGCGCCCUGCGGAACCUCGAGCUUUUUGGCGAUGAAGACGUGGCGGAGGACUUCAGGGAGUUUGUGCUGUCCAUGAUCCAGCACAUCGCGAUCCUGCUGCACUACCGAGAGCAACCUGGAGAGGACCACACGACUCGCAUUCUACGGGCCAUCAUUGUCAACAUCGCUUGCAACUAUGGUGAACCGUCGUGUCUCAGCUCCAUGUAUGAGCAGUUGCAACACUUCAUGGCUGCCCCCGGCAACUCCAGUAGCCAGGUGGGACCAGACUUGAAACGUGUCGUCUACUGCUACGGUGCCCAGCAAGGUGGGGAAAACGCGUACAGUUUCCUCAUGGAUCUGUACCAAACAACUGAUAUCGUCUCUGAGCUAAACGACAUCGUGCUGGGGGUCACCUGCUCACAGUUAGUGGAUGGGCUACGGCCAGAUGAGAAGCAGGCAGCCAGGAAGUUGCUGAGGCAGGCCACGCUGGAGAUGGGCGACGAGCAGAUGCUGGACAAGGUGCAGCAGGCAGCCGUCGCCCUGGAGGACGAGUCGCUGGUCGCAGCCGCACAGUGGAGCCGUGACGUCAUCGCCAAUGGAGCAGCCGCACGCCGCGAUGCAGCUCGCUGGCUCAAGGGAAAACCAUGGCGCCUCUGA